AUGUCAUCCGAUGAUGUAAAAAUAGAUGAGAUAGAACAAACUGAUGAAACAGAGUAUGAUCUUGACAAGAUAAAGAUGCUCCCUGGUGCAUCAGAAGACGGAUCUUCAGCUUCAUUCCAGAUAUUGGAGGAAGACCAUACAUUGGGUAAUGCAUUGCGUUAUAUAAUCAUGAAGAAUCCUGAGGUUGAAUUUUGUGGAUAUAGUAUACCACACCCUAGUGAGAACAAAAUGAAUAUCAGAAUACAAACGUAUGGUAACAUUUCAGCUGUUGAAGCUUUACAUCAGGGAUUAGAUAACUUGAGUGAGCUUUGCGGUGUUGUCGAGGAAAAGUUUGAGCAAAAGUUGAAAGAAGGUGGAUACAGCACUGAAGAGCCAUAA